AUGGCCGACAUUCCUCUGACAACGGCUACCACUAGUACUGAAAGCUCUACUGGAAGCUCUCAAACUGUGGCUACACCUCAAACUGUGGCUGCACCUGUCUCUGAUCCUUUUACUGCUAUUCCUCGCGUCCCUCGCACUCAUACAUCCUCGGCUAUUAUUCAAAUGCUAAAAAACUUGCCGCUUCUCUUAUCUCUCUUGACGAAGAAGACCUUAACCGACUCGUACCACAAAUGCAGGAUCGGGCAUGAAGAUACUCGUGGUUAUGUGAAUGGCUUGGGAAUGGCCCUCCAUUUCUUGCUUGAUAUGAACUGGAAAGAAGAUAUUGAGACGGCCGCCGCUAACGUCCUCGACAUUGCAGCCCCCAUCGACCCUUUCAAGAAUCUCAGUGUUGUACAGUCAGGUCACUUGACGCCAGGUCAGCGUCAGACCCGGGUCAUGACAACACUGUCCAGGACCAAGAUUAUCCCAGAAAUUAAAUAUCACCUCAUCUGCGAGAAGAUAUCAUUCGAUUUGAUCCUCUGUCGCGAUAUUGCUGAGCAAGAGACUGUGAAGCACAUACUUUCUGGAGGUUGGUGGCAGUCGCAGGUGGACGAUGGGCUUGUCCCAGAUUGGAUGGUCCAAGGAUGCUGCGUUUACGGCUGCGCGACAAAAAUAAAAAAGAUUCAGCCACGGGUCGCUUUACGAGGGAGCGACAUGGCUGGAGUAGACACCUUGAAUGCAGCCGACCUUAUUGAUUUCAACGCGAACACCUGCUGGUACUGUGGAAAGUAUGUUGUUGCACGUUCUCAAGACAUGUGUAACAUUGGAGACUGGGUUUUUGCGCGAUCUCCCUUAUCAUCCUUGUCAGAUCCUCCCGUCACAGGGCGCAUUCUCGAUAUCCUACAAGAUACAAGCGGCAAGUCAUCGUUGGUUAUUCUUGACUUAUUACAAGUUGCUGCAGACCGCCAUGAAGUAUUUGGAAUGCCGAUCCUGAAAUGCCGACUUGCUGGCAGGAGAGUUCUAAUCAUUUCCGCAACAGGCAUUCUUUUCGAGUAUAACGUUCAGCAUGAUUGCCGGCAGGCAGGAUUCCAAGCAAGCUGCGAUAGCUUUGAAAGCAGCAAGAAAGAAGAAAGCUGUGGCUCUGCCAUCACAGCGGCAGAGAGUGCUGUCGGAGGAGUCGUCCCUGAAAACGCACGCAGGCUUCUGUCGGUUUUAGUUCCCGCCCUACCUCAUCCAAGGGCGAUGGAUCAAGGGGACAGGCUCUCUGAUACCCCAACUCGUCCCAAAGCCAAUCAGUCCUCGAAUUAUUAUUUCGGGAACCUCCCCAUAGCUCGCGCCGCACUUAUGGACAACCUUGGUUCCACCAUCCCCAUGAUCACAUUUGAGCAAAUGCUCUCCCAUGUUCUUCCGCAGCUUGAUCUCGACUUCCAGGCGACGUGGAAUAAGUUGGUCCAAAAGGGACAUCUGGAACAAGUACAAGGGACCUACAAGUGGAGCGUGUUCCCAACUGUGCCCAAGGACGUCAAUAGCACUGAGCCGAUUGUCUUUUUGGAGAUAAAAGCCGUUCAGGAUGCGAUCGUUGCCAAUGCAGUCUUUGCCAGCGGUCGCACAACUCAAACAGCCGAGUAUUUCACCGAUCCUGCGAGAGCCUUGGAGUCGGUGCGAAUUGGGAACGACGGCAAACCUGAUGGGUGUGGGCGACUGCAGUACACAGCGCAAGAAUACGUCAAACCCGGAUGGAUGUGUAUUACAUGGGCCGAAGAAUAUAAGAAGAAGGACGCAGCAGCCGAUGAAUACGACAACGCUGUAAAAGUGAUCUGGAGUUUGCAUCACCUGCUCCGGGAUGAUCCUCGCAGGAGGUGUGCUUUUGGUAUCACCAUCGAAAAUACAGCAACGCGAGUAUGGUUCGCCUCACGAUCCAUUGUCUUCAACUCGGAGCCGUUUGACUUUUUACAUGACUGUGAAAAGUACAUCAAGUUGAUCAUCGCCCUCUCGUAUGGUAGCGCUAUCGACCUCGGCUUCGAUCCAACCAUCAAAGCUAGGAAAGUCGUAGAAGACAGCGUCGAAAAGAUAUUUUUCGACUUUACCGUUAAAGGAACAGAUUCCAGUGAAAAACCUAUCACAAAGAUCUAUCGCACUGUCAGAAGCAUAUCUGAGUUUGGUGCUGAUGCCAUCUGUGGUCGUGGAAUGCGUGUCUACGAAGUCAAGGAGGUGGACAAUGGCAUACUUAAGGGUGAUACACUUGCGUUGAAGGAUUGUUGGGUGGACGAUGAUCGGGAGUUAGAGGGGGAUAUUCUCGCCAAUAUUCUUUUGGACUGCAAAGAUGAGGAACACGACUUGUUUUUGACCCUUGUGGUCCAUGGGCUUGUCGAGGUUGAUGGCAAUUUAAAGUAUCAAUUCUCUGACAAAAGGGAGCAAGAUAUAGCUUCCCCAGACAAGGUCUCCUCUGGACUUCCCCGAAGUAGCGUUUUUGUGCCCAUUACUCGCUUGCUGCGCGAGGAGAACGAACAUCACUGGAAACAUCACUAUCGUCUCGUAUUCAAGGAGGUGGGCAUUUCCAUGUAUGACAUUAGGUCCAUCAGGGGUGCCUUCCAAGCCUUAGUCGACGUGACGAAAGCACUCGAAGUUAUGGCUAAGAAGGAUUAUGUGCAUCGGGACAUCAGUGGUGGUAACAUACUUUUCUACAAAGGCCACGGAAAGCUAUGCGACCUAGAGUAUGCCGUUACACCGAAUGCCCGAGACUUCAUGCCGAUUGAAGUCUUCUUUCAGGAGUAUAUCAUCCUUCCCACUCACCAGCCGACCACAUCGUUUCGUGAAUGGGCGAAAGUUCCGAGAGCCAACAUAAAGGAGAAGCUUGCGACCCUAACCAAGAAUGCGGCCGGGACCCACAACCCCAGGCAAAAGGGGAUUAUUCACACAAUCUUCCACGACACAGAAUCCUUAUGGUGGGUUGCUGUAUGGAUUCUUUUCUGGAGUGCUACAACAAACAUAUGCCUUCUCGAGGAUGUCACGAGACGCAUUGAUGCUGCAAUGGCGAUCUUCCCCUCUUUCGGAGCCACAACAGAAAAGUUCCAAACGAGAUCCCGUGUUUUACAAGGGGAGACGGAUUUCGAGGAAUAUACCCAACAACUCCCUGGUGAAUUCACCCUUUAUGGCGCGGCUUUGGAUGCAUGUCGCUCUUCGUUGUCCGAAGCUUAUGUCACAUCUCGGCGCCCAGACAAGGAUUCGGAGGCGGAUGGUCGGUUUGAGCUACUGCAGGCAUUCAGAAAUAUCUUGUCUGGAACAUACGAUCUGGAUGAUGAUGUUGCUAUACUGCCCCUGCUCGAGGUUUAUAGUUCGCUGAAGCGGCGCAAGCCCGACACACCUGCUGAUGAUUUGUUCUGUUUAUAUCUCCAUAUGAGCACGACUCGACGUGGUUGUUAA